GUGAAACAAGGAGGUUUCCUGCUGCGAAAGUCAAAUUGUUCAUUGAGCAAACAAAAGGAACCAAAUUCCUGUGGUACCGUUGAACGUAUAAGUAACUUAAUACGCGAUGAGGAUUUCAUAUCUCAUGCGUUUAACAAAAAGGAUUUGUAAAUCAGGUAUUUAAUACCAGAAAAAUAUUUAUUGGCAGAAUAGCAGAGCAAUUUUAACACAAGCAACAAUGACUCUAAAUACGAUGUUUAUUGUCAUCGUUUCAGCGACUUGUCUGCAUGGCUCUCCGCUUCAACCACCAACAAACAUUGAUCAAAGUGGACUGAACUACCUCGCAAAGUAUGGUUACGUAGUGCGUCCUGACCCACGAAGGGGUUCGAUCCUAGACGAAAAGAAGAUAGCAGAGGGGCUGAAAGCUUUUCAAAGGAUGGGAGGACUACCUGAAACGGGCGUAUUGAAUGAAGAGACGAAAAAAAUUAUGCAAUCACCGCGCUGUGGAAUGGCCGACUUUGCCCCAACCGAUAACGUCAAAAGAAAGAGAAGAUACAAGAAGCAGGGCAAAAUUUGGAAUAAAAGAAAUCUAACGUGGGCAAUUGCCAACAGCAACAACGACAAUAUCAAGGACGAAGAUGUCAAAGAAAUGGUAAUAAAAGCCUUUAAGAAAUGGUCAUCAGUAACCAAUAUCAACUUCGAAGAAGACAAAAGUAAACCUGAUAUAUUAUUAAAAUUUACCAGAAAAUAUCACGACGAUUCAUACCCAUUUGACGGAAUGGGCGGCGAAUUAGCCCAUGCAUUUUAUCCGGACGGUGGAGACGAUCUUACAGGAGAUGUUCAUUUUGAUGAUGACGAAAUAUUCAGUAUUAAAUCUUCAAAAGGAAGAGAUCUGUUAUGGAUCACAGUCCAUGAAGUUGGUCACAGUCUUGGGCUGGAUCACUCAGGAACGAAGGGAGCAGUAAUGCAUGCCCUCUAUAAAGCUACUAAUGGGCUUGAUUUUAACCUCCAUAUUGAUGACAUACAAGGUGCCCAAUCACUUUAUGGAGUAAGAGACCAACCGGCAACAGCUAGUCCGCCGCCUGUUUCUGAAAAGAGAAGCAAGAUUCCUGGAACUCAACUGCGGUUGUGCUUAAAUAGGGCCAAAGCUACAGUAAUGACGGUCAACAAAGACAUGUACAUUGUCAACGACGACAAAUCGUACAUUCUCGACCGUUACUUGAGGAGCAAAAAAGGCCCCAUUCCGACGUCAGAAUUAUUCGGUGGACUCAAAAGAAUCGAUGCAUUAUUUAAACGACAAUGGGAUCACAAACUUGUUGCAUUUAGUGGAAAUAAGUAUUACGUAUUUGAGGAUACAAAGCUUGUUGGUGGUCCUUAUUAUAUCAGUGAUGGCUUUAAAGGUCUACCAGCAAAUUUCGCUGACGUAAAAGCAGCGUUUGUUUGGCCAGGGAAUAAUCAGCUAUACAUAUUCAAAGAUGCGCAGUAUUGGAGGUUCAGUCGUAUCCAAAGCCAAGACAAAUAUAGAUUGGACUUUUAUUAUCCUAGAAAAACGCGCAAUGCUUGGAGAGGCGUUCCAGAAGAUUUUGAUAGCGUCCUUGCUUGGAGGUAUGAUAAGGUCUAUUUCUUCAAAGGAGAUCGCUACUAUAGAUUCAACAAUAGACGAUUCAGGGUCGAGUAUGGGUACCCAAGGAGUGUUUGGGAAGACUGGAGUGGGUGCCCUUCACAGUUAGCUGUAACAGGAGCCGCAGAGACCAGGACUGUAAAAUCAUCGCUUGUGCUUAUUUUGCCGUUAUUAUAUUUUAUUUUGCAUUAAAUACGCGUGAAGUCAUUAGAAUAUUGAUAUGUAAUUGGACAUGUACAUUUGUGUUGUUAUCGGUUGUUAGGCUUUUAUAUGAAAUAUGUAUUUAAAUUUUAUCAAAGUAAAUGUGAAAUUUUAUCAAAUUGACAAACAUUUUGUAAAUAUAGUUGAUGUUUUUGUUAGGUUGGGUAUUUAGAGAUAAGUAUCAGAAAUUAUUUGCAGCAUUGUUGGAAACAUAUCCGAGCAUAUUAUGAAGAAAUAUUUAAGGUUUAGCUUGUCUUUCUUUCUAUCUAAUUACUUGACAGAGAAGGGAUCAAAUUAAAAAAAUGCUAAAACAACCAGUGCAAUAGUUUUUUUAAAACAUGCCAAAUAUGCUUGUAUCUGAAAUAAAUUGAAGAUACUUUUAACUGCAAUCGUUGCCAUGUGCUAGUAUUGGUUCGACUGGCUAAUUUGCUGUCUUUUUGAAAAUGUUUUUCCAUCACAUGCAAUCUGUAUCACAUCACAUGCAUGCAACCCGUAUUCGUUAGCAAAUUUUAUCCGUUCAAGUUUUCUAAAGUCCUUGGAUAUUUGAAGCUAUAGAAUUUUUGACAUUUUUGCAUUGAAAACUGCAAGUUAAGAACAUUGUGAAGUGUCUGAAGAGGAUAUGCUUUUUUAAUGCAGCAAUUCAACUUACAGUCUAACUUUGAAAAAAAUUUCAAAUUUCCUUGUACAAAAUAUUUGACCUCAGUUUCAGAUUGAGAGCCAGAAUUCUAGUCUACUAGCAAAGUUUUCAUUAUGACGGCAAACUGACAACAGUUUUAAAAGGAUUUGACCGUGAUUGGCGAUUAAGGGGGUAAAGAUUAAUCCGGAACGAUUUUUGCGGGUCAAAUCCGUUACAAAUUUCAAUCUUCAUUACUCCGUAAAAUACAUGCACGAACAAAUGAGAAAUUGUAUCCGGACUAAAAAUAUGGUGAUAAAUCCAAAUCGGAGCUUGAAAAGUUAUACAAUGAUGGAGAAACUUCAAAAACGAGGCCGUAAGUUGAAAUGGUUCAUUAAGAUAUGAGCCCGAAUUUUCCACGUACGUUCUCAGACCCUGCUGUGUUAUGAAAACUAACAACGCAACAUUUUUGCAACAUUCAGCAAUUGUUUCAUUUUACAUAUCUAAACUGUUAAACCUACCGAAGCCUGAUCGAAAAGGGCAGGUCAGUGCACUGGAUGUGACAAACAUGGCUCAUUUGGAACUGGUGGAGCCAUUCACUGUGUCAAAAAUGCCUUUUUGUACCUGAUGGUUGAACUGGUCUCAUUCGGCUGAGCGAAUUCUGAUUAUUGUUUGCUCUUUUAUUUGAAAACAAAUAUAAAAUGUGCAUUUUAUCAAAAAUCAAUCACUUGUUUUUGGAUGUUGGUGAGUACGUAAAUUGGUCAGACGUUGGUC